ACCCGUUAAUCGGCGCAUUAGAAGAAGAAAACGCAGCCAACCGUGUUUGCCUUUUCCACGACUGCGUCCUUGAAAUACCUUACCAUCCCUCGCAGUUUUCUUUUCUUGAGGAGGGUAAACUCGUAAUGUUCGUCUCGAUUGCGUUUCUAUCCGAGCAAAAUUAUCUUCUCUUUCACCAACCUUCAAUUAAUUUCAGUUGCUUCAUUCAGGUUUUGUUUUCUAUUGACAUUUGAAACGAUUGUUGUUGUAAUUCCAUUGAGAAACCGAGGCAUUGGAUUGGAAGGGCGAACUGGUUUUCAACUGUCAACUGAUUGCAUUACGUUGUACGGCAAUUUAAAGAAUGGUCUGCUCAGGUUCAAUACGGUUGUCUCGUGACGUUAGGCUCAGCAGUGAUGCUGGAUUCUGUAGUUUCCAUCAUAAUCGGAUGGGGCCCAUGGGGGUUGGUCGAUUACAUUUGGUCACCAUAAAUCUUUCACCAUGUAGUUUGAAGCAAGACUCUUCAGCACUCCAUCUUUUAAGAAGACUACAUGCCCCAAUAAGGCAUGUGCCUUCCAGAUGUAAUGUUUUCAUAUGUCGGUCUGUCCUAAUACCAGGUGGAGGGAGUGGGACUCCACUCAUGAAAUCUGCCAGUGUUAUUUUAACAAGGUCAUACAAUGCUUUACAAGGAAACCCUGUUUUGGUUCAAUUGCUCCCAGCCCUUGGUAUCAUUGCCUUUGCUGUUUGCGGGCUUGAGCCACUCCUUCGUCUCAGCAGGAUUUUGUUCCUUCAAAGAACUGACAGUAGUUGGAAGAAAAGUAGUUCGCGAUAUAUUAUGACAUCGUAUUUUCAGCCGUUGCUGUUGUGGACUGGAGCAAUGCUCGUAUGCAGGGCAUUAGAUCCACUAGUCCUACCAUCUGAGACCAGCCAGGUUGUGAAGCAACGGCUGCUGAAUUUUGUGCGAUCGUUGUCAACAGUGAUUUCAUUUGCUUACUGUUUAUCAAGCUUAAUUCAACAAGCACAAAAAUUCUUUCUGGAGGCAAAUGACUCCAGUGGUGCAAGAAAUAUGGGCCUUGAUUUUGCUGGGAAGGCAGUAUAUACUGCUGUAUGGGUUGCUGCUGUGUCAUUGUUCAUGGAGUUGCUAGGUUUCUCCACACAGAGGUGGUUGACUGCUGGUGGUUUGGGUACCGUAUUGCUCACUCUUGCUGGUCGUGAGAUAUUUACAAACUUUCUUUCAAGCAUAAUGAUUCAUGCAACUCGUCCAUUUAUUGUAAAUGAGUGGAUUCAAACAAAGAUUGAAGGAUAUGAGGUUUCUGGCACAGUCGAGCACGUAGGCUGGUGGUCACCAACCAUUGUGAGAGGUGAUGAUCGGGAGGCAGUUCAUAUUCCUAAUCACAAGUUCACCGUAAAUGUUGUGAGAAAUUUGAGCCAGAAAUCUCAUUGGCGUAUCAAGAAUUACAUUGCUAUCAGUCACUUGGAUGUUAACAAAAUUAACAAUAUUGUAGCUGAUAUGCGCAAGGUUUUGUCAAAAAAUCCUCAAGUGGAGCAGCAAAGAUUGCAUAGAAGGGUGUUUCUGGAGAGUGUCAAUCCUGAAAAUCAGGCUCUUAUGAUAUUAAUAUCUUGCUUUGUGAAAACUUCUCAUUUUGAAGAGUACCUUUGUGUUAAGGAGGCAAUCCUUUUAGAUCUUCUCAGAGUUGUCAGUCAUCAUCGAGCCCGGCUAGCCACUCCCAUCCGCACAGUUCAGAAAAUAUACGGGGAGGCUGACUCAGAAAAUAUACCUUUUGGUGACACCGUUUUCACUCAAUCCAGAGCAGCAAAUCGCCCAUUCCUACUGAUAGAACCACCAUAUAAAGUUAAUGGUGAAGAUAAAGCUAAGCCUUCAACUCGUUCGACUCGUCCAAAUGAGGAAAAAGAUUCCAAGAUUGAAACAAUGGCAUAUGACAUCAAAGGGGAUGAGAAUUUUGCAGCGACAUCAACCUCCUCACCUGAUGCAAACUCCAAGGAUAAAUUCAAGUCAAAUUCUGAACCCCAAAUCCAGAAUACGAGUUCUGAUAGUUCAGCUGCCAAAACCAUACAGCCUAAAAAGGAAAAUGCUGGAGAUGCAGGAAAGGGAAAUACAGUUCCUGCAUCUAAAAGCCUUGCACAAAGUGCUGUACCUGAAACUUCUCCUGUUACUACCCCGGAGACCAUUUCCGCCACUUCUUCACAGUCAAAGCAAGAUGAAGAGAAAUCUUCUGUCUCAUCGUCAUCAGUCAGGCCUUCCUUGGAAGAGAACAUUCUUCUUGGGGUUGCCCUAGAAGGCUCAAAACGAACUCUUCCAAUUGAAGACGAAAUGACUCCAUCUCCUAUGCCUGCAGAGUCACAAGAAUUUGCUGUCCAAAGGAACGGGAGUGGACCUCCUGCUAGCAAGGAUAAGAAGGAUAACCAGAUGUCUUCAUUUCCAACUGGUAAGCAGAAUGACUAGAUUAGUAGCUAAAUAAGUAGAGUAGUUGAUAUUUCAGUAUAUACCUUCAGUAGAAGCUUAAAAAUGAUCCAGCUGUCUUUUUAUAAGUUGGAAUUGUGCAUUGUAUUCUCUACCUAAUUUCCCAUGUAUGUACAUAAUUAUCAAUUCAUGGUUCACAUAACUUUUCAGAAUCUCUGGAUUAUCAUAUAUACAAUCAUUUUGUAUUAUGUUC